AUGGCGGGCGCGUGUGGCGCCCGUCACCCUGGCGACGGGGCCGGUCCCGGGGAGGCGGUGAUGGGUUGACAGGUGCGUGACAGUCGGGAGCUUCUCCGCAGGCAUGUACGGCAAAGGCAAGAGCAACAGCAGCGUCCCGUCCGACAGCCAGGCCCGCGAGAAAUUAGCACUGUAUGUAUAUGAAUAUCUACUCCAUGUAGGAGCACAGAAAUCAGCCCAGACAUUUUUAUCAGAGAUAAGAUGGGAAAAAAACAUCACACUGGGGGAGCCCCCAGGAUUCUUGCAUUCCUGGUGGUGUGUGUUCUGGGACCUUUACUGUGCAGCUCCAGAAAGACGAGAAACAUGUGAACACUCGAGUGAAGCAAAAGCCUUUCAUGACUACAGUGCUGCAGCAGCUCCCAGCCCAGUGCUAGGAAACAUUCCCCCAGGAGAUGGCAUGCCAGUAGGUCCAGUACCACCGGGGUUUUUUCAGCCCUUCAUGUCCCCCCGGUACCCUGGAGGUCCAAGGCCACCUCUCAGAAUACCCAACCAGGCCCUCGGAGGUGUCCCGGGGAGUCAGCCCCUCCUGCCCAGCGGGAUGGACCCCACACGGCAGCAGGGUCAUCCAAACAUGGGUGGGCCAAUGCAGAGGAUGACUCCUCCAAGGGGAAUGGUGCCAUUAGGACCACAGUCUGACCCUUGGUUGUCGUUGCAGAACUAUGGAGGUGCCAUGAGACCCCCUCUGAACGCUUUAGGUGGCCCGGGGAUGCCUGGGAUGAACAUGGGUCCUGGGGGUGGUAGACCUUGGCCAAACCCAACCAAUGCCAAUUCUAUACCUUACUCCUCAGCCUCUCCUGGGAACUACGUGGGUCCUCCAGGAGGUGGAGGGCCACCAGGAACACCCAUCAUGCCUAGUCCUGCAGAUUCAACCAACUCUGGAGACAACAUGUACACUUUAAUGAACGCUGUGCCACCUGGGCCCAACAGACCUAAUUUUCCACUGGGGCCAGGCUCAGACGGACCCAUGAGUGGACUGGGUGGAAUGGACUCACAUCAUAUGAAUGGAUCAUUAGGCUCAGGAGACAUGGACAGUAUUUCCAAAAACUCUCCCAGUAAUAUGAGCAUGAGCAACCAGCCUGGCACUCCCAGAGAUGACAGUGAGAUGGGUGGAAACUUCCUAAACCCCUUCCAGAGUGAGAGUUACUCCCCUAGCAUGACAAUGAGUGUGUGACCCGUUCACAAGUGUCGCCAUGAAGACCACAGUGAGUUGGCCCUCUCCAGAGUGCUACUGCAGAAGAAAAUUAUUCGUCCCAGUGUACAGUUUAACUAAAGGAUCUCAGACACAAUCAGACCCACCCGUUUUGUUUUUGUUUCCCUACCAUCUCCCCUGUUUUGUCAAGAAAGUGGGUCCCAAACAUGCUUGAGACACCUGUAAGGAGUGGCGUGCGAGAAGUGCCCGAGGUGGAGCUGCCAGCGCCUGUCUGUGUGUGUACAUGUGUGGGUCAGCGUGGGCUGUGUGUGUGUGACACACCAAACACACACACACAGACCCCAGGACACUGUAAAAUAGGAUCACAUGACAUCUUGCAUAGAAAUCAGAAGUAGGGACUUUUACUCCAUUUCUUUUUUUUUUUUUUCACGUUUACAUUUUAAUUAUUAAAAUUUGCUUUCCCUCUCCCCUCCUGAACUGUUUUAUGUUGCAUAUAUCACUGCUUUAUAAGUUAUUUUUUAAGUUGAACUCAAAGGAUAAAUUCUUUUGAUUUUGUUAGUGUCUGCCAUGAUGGAUAGGAAUAAAAUUGCUUAUACGAGCUUUCAUUACCUUGUGUUUGAUACCAGCUACCCUGUGAAUCACAAAUUGUACUGUCUCAAGAAAUAGAAGAAAGCUCAUCUUAAUUUUUUGGAGAAAUUUAAUAACUUCCACCUAGUUUGGGGAUUUUUUUUGAUACUUUGCCUUUAAGAGAAAAAAAAAAAAGCACUGAAGGUUAUUUUUCUUCUUUAAUUGAAGCCUAAUAUCUGCAAUAUCUAUUUUAAAUGGAAGCCUGAAUUUGAUACAAGCUUCUCAGUUUAUAUAGAGUACUAUAAGGUUACUGUAAGUGAGCUCCAAUUGCUAUAGAAUCUAGCAAUAAAGUGUCAGGGCUUCUCCUGCCCUUGGAAUUGAGUUUUCUAUUUAGCAUGGUCUUCUGUAGGGGUGGUAGUUAGUGGAAAUACAAUAGACUCCUUAUCACCAAAACAUUUUCUAACAACUUAUAAUUACGUUUCCCAUUUUCAGUGAUUCUCAAAGAAAUAUGAGCAAUCCGUGUUCCUAAUUAUAAACAGUAUUUCCCAGGCACAUUUACAAAAUCAGGUCACCCUGCUGCUUGGGUGUGUGUUUUCUACCAUAUCUGCCAGAAUUAAUUCCCACAAAACUUCCCAGUCAGCAGCCUUUUUUUUUUUCUUUUUUUUUUUUUUUUUUGAGCCAAAAUGCCACAGUAAACUUUGUAUGACUACUAGCCUUGCUGUGAGGGUGUUACCUUUUGCCAUGAACAGAAGAGGAACAAAGGUCUGGGCCCUUUUAUAAGGAGGACAGACAGUUAGGUAUGAAAGCUGGGGACAGAGUGCAGAAAAAGACCUAAAGGAAACAGUUCUGGAAGCAUUCCCAUUUCUCUUCAGGCAGAGCUCUGAAACAAGAUUAUGGUACUUUUGCUUAGUGCCUGAUGAUUUUCAGCUCCCCCAGGAAAACAAAGGGUUUCAGUUUGUAGUGAUACAAAAGCUGAUGAUCAGCAGCAAUGCAGGCACAAAGUGGCUCAGCAGAAAUUCAUGCCACAGACAAACAGCAGAUUCCUCUCCUGGAGCUUAAAUCCAGAGGAGCCACUUGCAGAGGAGGAGCCGUUCUGGGAUGGGGUUUAUCCAUGUGCAAGGGCAUUUUCUUUCAUGAACUUAUGAUAAAGGAAUAUCACUCAUAUGUGGUAGCUGAAUGGGAUGUGUAAGGAAUACUACAAUCUCCUAACUCAUUUUUACUUCCAUAUAUUAUAUGUGUAUAAUAUAUGGAAAUAAAAAUAUUUUACGCUUCACUUUCCUGGUAGGGCUUUUCAAAGAUGAAAGUCUCAGAGGAUCAAAAUUAUGUUGAGUAUCAAAGGUUUUGGUAGCAUUACUUUUUAGUAGGAACUGCUUGAUUAGAUGCAAACGUGACCUAGAUAGUCAUUAUAUGGUUUUGUAGACUGUAUUCUUAUUGAUUAUGAAGGUCACAUUCAUUUGCUUCUCUUUGGAAAGCACUUUGUUGCUGUCUCCAUGGAAGACCCUGCUAUUGGCUUGAGUCACAAACACAAAAUCAGGUGUAAUUUCCUCAGACCCUUUGCUGUUGUCACUAACACCACUGGUGUGUCCCCAUCACACCCAGAGUCCAGGUGUCCUUGCAGCCUUUGUUUCCCACCUGUAUUGUUAUCUGUGGUAGCCUUGCAGGACCUGAGGAGUCUUUCUGGCCCAGUUUCAGUCAAUGAUGUCACUGCUGAUGGACCAAGGUAGAUGGGAACUGUGCAUCGAGGGCCAAAGCCCAUUCCCAGGUCAGCGAGCUGUCAGGCACCUUGGGAGGAUGGAAGUGUGAGCAUUGGAGCUGUGCAUGGAACUGCUGGCACAGACUGGAUAUCACUGUUCAAACAUGUUAUCCUCACUUUGAUUUAAGAGCAUAAUGUCCUCUCAGCACAUGCUUCAGUCACUCUGUGCUGCCUUUCUCAUACCCAGGCAGCAGCUGAUGUCACUGAUGCUUUGUCCAAGGCUUCACCCCAGCCUCAGCCAGGCUCCUGGAGAGGUUCUGCAGCUGAACUGUCAGAACACAAUCUUAUGUGCUAAUUACUCACCUUCAAAAUUACACUGUAGAGUUGUUUUUCUCUGAGCGUGGACAGGGCUUUUUCCUUGUUCAUUUUUCUUUCUUUUGCUUAGAAAUCCUUGUAAGAUCUUCAUGGUAUCUAGAGUAUCGAUAUGGGAGGAAAGACUAUUCCCAAGCAUUCAGUUUUUGCUCCCACUUACAUUUUUUAUGCUCCAGAUGCCAGGAACAAUGUAACUGCUGUUUGGUUCUGUCCUUAUGCAACAGCACUGUUGAUAAUAUCAGAACUUGUCCAGCUCUUGUGGGAAUUUUUUUUAAAUGGUGCAAAUCUUCUCACACUAAGUUUCUGGAUAGAUCCUGCUCUUUAGUAUAGAAAUAAAUAAAAGGUGAUUCUGUAAAUGGGUCUUUCAGGCGAAGUUGAAGUAAGCCUUUUUAAAAACAGAAGUGAUUAAAUCUUAGAGCAGCAGAAAUGGAGAGUAAGGGAUCUCUGUAGGCUGUGAGAACUCUUGCAAAUAGUCCAGCUUUGUAGAAAUCAGCUGAAACUGGAUUCACUUGUGAACUUCACAGUGAAACCAGGGUCUUGCCUGCUGCUUAAACCUCUGGAAAGGAGUGUCCAGAUCAGAUGUUUCUCCACCUACCCAGAUUUUAUUGCCAUGUCUGAGAACAGGGUUUGAGGCGAGGAAGAAGCUGUCUGAAUCACAGAGCAUGUGGCCUGGCGUGCUUUAGAAAAUACCUGGAUAUUUCACGAAGGGAUUAAAUUAUUCUCUUAACUACCUGAGAAUGAGGAAAAACUGCAGUUGCACUUCCUACUCCCCAGAAAUUCUGUUUUUUAUUUGGAAGCCCUCUGGUUGCAGAGCCCUGGCCACCCAAUGUGUCACAUGUUCAGAGACAGUGACAACUUUCAGGCUUGCAGCCUGCUCCCCAUAAUUUAGGAUUAAAUAUUUCACAUCCCAGGACAUUCAGCUAUUCCUUUCCCUUCCAACUCAGUGAGAAAUAUAUAGGCUAAUCAUUUAUUUUAAAUAAUUCCACUUGGGAAGAAGUGAACAGAAGCUUGCUUCCUUAAGGAUGCAUCAAAGGACAGCUUCUUGAACUGCCUAAAACCAAUUGAAUUUUCCUCUGUUCUGUGGCUAGCUAGUGCAAUGCUGCAUGUGCAAAUGAUUUGGAAUUAGAUUUAAUGAGGGCCCAGCCGUUACAAUAUUUAGUGUUGAUCACUUUAUUCAGAAUGACUUUUCAACUGAUACAUGUUGCACAGGUUUCUAUUUCUGUGUCAGUUAAUUAUUAAGUGUUUUCCCCUGUUCCCAGUCAGCUCUGAUCCAUUGCUGUUGCUGUCAUGAGAAGUAUGGACUGGAUUCUUCAGUAUUUGACCCUACACAUUUGCAUUUCGAGAAUGUAAAAUACACCUCAAUGAUGUAGAAAGUACAGGUAAAUUUAUUUUCCUGUAACUCACUAUAAGUGGUGAUACAACAGUGGGUGCUGUCACAGGCCUUAAGAAUGGGAAUCCUGACAAAGCACAUCUUUCAAAUAAACCCCUGUAAACUAUUUCAACACUGUUAUCUCACACUGAGGAUCCAAUUUAUGAUUUAGUGAUUCAAAACAACUGAAAAAAUUCAGAAAUAAGUUAACUAGGUUUAAAUUUUGCUGUACACAGCUCUCUCUACUUCUCAGAUAUUAUUGGCACAGUUCUAUACACUGUUGCUUGUGCCAGUUCUGCUGAAACUUUGAUGAAACUGUUCACAUCAGGUCAUUUUUUGUAGGAUUUCACCCUACUCUGGGUCAAAUAUAUAACUUACCUGUGGUGUAACCGUAUUUGGCAGAGCUAAAAACUGAUUACAUAGAGCAAAAUACAGAGGGUCUGUUGAAAUUACCAAAGAAAUGAUAAACCUGAGAAAUGAUAAAAAAAGAAUUUAAAAUACUGCUUUGACUGCACUCCUAUGUACUGUCUACAUAUUGGAAACAAAUUGCAGUACCAGAUCUAGAAAAAAAAUAAAUGGAUCAUCUACUCAGCACAUGAAAAUUCUGAUCCUGCCAACAGCUUCACCUUGAUUUGAAAUUGAGCCUGCACAUGGUUAAUUUUAAACAGAUCUAGGAACACAGCUAGUAUCCUUCAGGAAAUUAAAAAACUAGGACUGUAGUAAUCUAAACCCAUGCUCGAGAGCUCCAAUUAAGUCUUUCCUAAGCAAACAUUAUUUUACAGAUUUUACCAGUGCAGGAGCAUGUUUAUGUAUCUGAUAUGCAGAGCAGAUUUGGCUUUCUUCUGUUUCUUCCUUUAUUAGAGCCUUGUUCACUAUUACAUGAGUUAUUCCUGUGAAUUUGUUCUGCCAUCUUGUUUUCAGUUGUGCAGCCAUAGUUUCCCUCAACACAGCCAACAGCUUUGCAGUUUCAGUCCAAACUUCUGUUUGGUUGCUGUUCUUCAUUUAAGCUUGAAAUGUGUAAGAAAGCCUCUCAUGUAAUAGGAAAACUUGCCAUAAAAAUGUAUAAAGGUUUUCUUGGGUACAUGUUUUCAAAUUUAAUAAAUGCAGUUUUCGGUUAUAA